GGCCACGUGUCAUCGAUCGAGGAACCCUGUCGAGAAGAAAUUGAUGGGGAACCUGGUCAAACAAAUUUUCCGCGGAUGUAACCGAAGUUCACGAGCGAUAACUGGAUUAUUCCAAGUCCCGUUCUACGACGAUCGAGUAGGAAGAGGCACCGAGUAGAUAGCGUGCAUAUUCUUAGAGAUAAGACUACUCAUUGUACGCAAAGAAACGCAAUCUCAUUCUCGGUUUCGCCAAUCAAAACGACCUCGUCUAUCAGUCCUCUUUUUUCCUUUCUUUUUAAUAAAAAUACGUUUCAUCUUCAGAACGAUCUAAAGGCGACAUUUUCAAAUGAGAAAACUAAAAUUUCCGUCCAUGAACCGGUGUUCACAGAAAACACGAAUUCUCCUGAAACGCGUCUCCAAGUUCAAACCAUGACGUAACUCAAUUUUUGCGAAUCAUCCGCCUCGCGACUUUCCGUAUUUCACACGGGAAUUCUUAAUUUUCUAGGCGACCGAAGGAAAAUAACAAAAAGUUUUCCUCCAAUUAAUAUUAAACGAUGGUAAUUAGACUAAUUAAAAAUCUUGUGUCUUUCUUGGUCGCUGUAAAUUUUUAUACAUGUAUGCGUCUAAGGAUUACUGCGAAACUUUCGUUCUUCGCGUUAGUCCGUUUCCUAGUAAAAGCUUUCGAUUCAUCGAUAAAAAGCUGCUGGCCGCUGUAUGUACACAGUGGGUUUAUCUGGAAUACCCGCGAAUAUAUAGCGCGAUAACUUGGAGGGGGAACGAGACCUAUAAAGAGGCGCUUGCCAGUUGUCGAGGUCACUCGUUACCAGACACUCGACGGAGGUACUGUGCUCGUAGCACUUGUAUCUUCGUGAAAGUUUUCACUAUUGCGUAAGAUUGUUCAUCGAACGAAAGGUGCUCGUGACAACGUAACAGUCUUCUCAGAAGGAGCAGUGGACAUACGCAGUGGAUAAAUUGCGAACAGUGUACGCGAAUUAUUAGAAACUGGCGAUCAAAAAAGGAAUCCCGACGUUCAGUGAAGUGUGCAAACGAACCACGCCAGGAAACAGCAAAUUGAGAAGCGAAGAAAUCGAGGAAAUACAGACCAGAGAUAUGACCCGUUGCCAAGUACAGUCCUACGCUUCAGCCACGAUGACUGAUAGUGGAAACCCGUGGAAGGAGCAGGAGAUGCUCAGUUCCUCGAGGACGAUAACAUGCGGCAUGCUGCCAACUCUUCAAGCAUUGGCAUCCAAGGGAUGCGAAAACAGUCAGGGCAUCGUCUGCCUCGUGCCAUUCGAUGCCGAUAUGGACUCCGCGAGCCAUCUUCAAAUGAUCCUGUUGGAAGCAUAUUGUCGCGAGACGGGGAUCAAGGUGUUACGAGUCUCCAGGGAGAGGAUACGGGAACAUCUGUGCCCCGGGAGCGUAGAUCUCUCCUGUGUACUCAUCUCCAACGACGACCCAUAUUUCAUAGACACGGCAAAGUGAAUUGGAAACAUGAUCUGACCAUAUGGGAACGAAUUUUUUUUCGACUGGUCACAGUCACGAGAUAUCGAAGGAGAUCUUCGAGGAUGGAGAAGGAAGUUGAAGGAGAUACUUUAAUCGAUCUUGUUACAAGAUCGACACUUCGAAUUUCCUGAUGUUGGGCGACGCCUCGACACGCAACGAUCGACGGUGUCCGGCACAGGGUCGUCCAGUAGGCAGAGAUUAGCACUAUCGCGAUAACGAUUGAUUCCAGAUUGCAAUCUUGAUGGACAUUAUCGACAAUUAAGCCACGAAGUUAAGCGAACGAUUGUGAGAUCGGAUAUAACAUCCAUUACGAUUCCAAUUGUUUAAGCGAGAGUGAAAAUAACUAUUUUUGUAUAAUAUGUAAUAGUUGAAAGGAGUCAUUGUUAAAAACUGAUGAUUAUAUUUUAAUGUAUACAUAUUCUAUGAAAUAA